UUCUCUAGUGAUCCCAGUUUCUUAGCAUUCAUUAACAUUGAGCGAUGUCUAGUGCGAGUGUCUCUAUUGUAAGCUGUAAAUACAUGUCCCGGAAGUAGAUUAAAUAAGACAAUACAACGUGUAGUCAUGACGGAUGAAUUGAAAUUGGAUCAUCGCGCGAGGAAGAGGAUCAAGGAAGUGAAAAAGAAGGCCCGGCCAGAGUCUCAUUUAUCCGUUACACGCAGCCGAAAACAAGCUCGUGCUUAGCAUAUCGUAAGAAUCGUGUCAUUCACCGGACUCCAUAUGAUCCGUUUCGAGGAAGAGCGAGAAGAAGCUAUCUCACCUCUUGAUCUUGGACGACGAUGAUAACUGGCAGAUAAGGCAGCAUGGAGUCAGCAUGGUUAUAAUAAAAAUUUCCAACUAUUUUGGCAAUUUGAAGACAAUGCUGAACGAAUCGAUGAAUCCGACAUGACUAUGGACGAUUUUGUAGAAAAAUUUGAAAAACCAUACAAGCCUGUGAUAAUUCGAGGUGUUCAGAAUGGCUGGAAAGCCCAGUAUAAGUGGACUAUAGAGAAAUUAGCCAAGAAAUAUCGGAAUCAAAAGUUUAAAUGUGGGGAGGACAAUGAGGGAUAUAGUGUAAAAAUGAAGAUGAAAUAUUAUGUGCGUUAUAUGCUUCAUAACGACGACGACUCCCCCUUGUACAUUUUUGAUAGUUCGUUUGGUGAGCAUCCAAGACGAAAAAAAUUACUAGACGAUUAUAUCAUUCCCAAGUACUUUCGGGAUGAUCUCUUUCAUUAUGCUGGAGAACACAGAAGGCCGCCAUAUCGAUGGUUUGUUAUGGGACCUGCUAGAUCAGGCAAUCAAGGUACAGGAAUACACAUAGAUCCGUUGGGUACCAGUGCAUGGAAUGCAUUGAUUUCCGGUCAUAAACGUUGGUGCCUGUUUCCGACGCAUACACCUCGUGAGCUUCUCAAGGUAUCCGCAGCUGAGGGUGGCAAACAAAGAGACGAAGCUAUCACCUGGUUUUCCGUUGUCUACCCUCGCACCAAGUUACCUACGUGGCCGCAAAAUUGUCGACCGAUAGAGAUUCUGCAGGCUCCCGGCGAAACCGUCUUUAUUCCCGGCGGCUGGUGGCAUAUUGUUUUGAAUCUUGACGAAACUAUAGCAGUUACACAGAACUUCUGUUCGCGCACUAACUUCCCGGUAGUUUGGCACAAAACGGUACGAGGGAGACCAAAACUAUCGCGGAAAUGGUUAAAAGUACUCAGGGAUAAAGAGGCUGCACUAGCGGCGUUAACGGACAACAUAAACGUAAAAGAAGAUACCGGUGUUGCUAGCGAUUCUUCGAGCGGCUCUUCUAGUAGUUCUUCAAGUAGUAGCAGUAGUAGUCAAUCCGAGGACAGCGAGGACGACAGCGGUCAAGAGUCACUUACCACGCAUAAAAAGAAAAAGAGAAGAAAAUUGAAUAACAGCCAACCCUGACAAUAUCCAGUACUUGGAACCUACAGAGACCUCAGACUGUACAGUAUUAAUCAAUCUUACACAAUUAUUAUUUGUACUAAAAAUAAAUAUUAUAAUUAUCUUUAUGUUCAUAAUAAAAUAAAUAUUAGAUAACGUAGCUUUUUCCCUUCUUUGGAUAACAUUUUAUCCAAUUUCUUUGCAUUUAGGCAUCUUAUGAUAAUGCACAUAAUUCCUACUCCAGUCAAGCUUUCUUAACAUUGCAAUUCAAUUACAUCUUGAUAAACAACAGACACAUUUCUCUGCAUUUUU